ACUCUGGCUGAUAAUUUUAUAAACGUAUAUUAUCUAUAUUAAUAUCUUGUAAAGCAUAUUGAACAACAGUUUUUUACCAAAUGUAAUACCUGGCAACUCAUCGUAUUUCCCAAUUUUCAUGUUCUCUUGUGCACUUUUUCAUAUUUCUGCAGUGGUUUUUUUCAAGUCAGCAAUGUUCGUUCGCAAAAUUGCUGUGCUGUUAAUUUAUUUUUAUUAUAUUUCCUUAAAUUUAGAAAAAUGAAAAAUUUAUUGAUUUUAUUGAGAACCAUUUUUUUAAAUGUCUGAUUUUGCUUGAGAAACAGCCAAAUGUGAAAUUAACGUCGAUUAGUACAAAGGAAAAGUGUUUUCGCAGUGUGGUUGGGGGAAAGUAUGCAUACAAUAGUGUGAACGACGAAAGAAAGUCAUAAAGAGUUUAGUGGCGGAUUGUGUUUGUCUGGAAAAUUGUGCUAAUAAGGAAAGGAUGAAAAUUUUGAUUAUAAGGAUAAUAACUAAAGUCUGAGCUUUCAUGGUGAAGAUAUAAAAUCAGAAACAACUAAUAAAGAAGUAUCAGAUAUAAACGGGAAGUAGUUCAGCAAAGUAGUUGUCGCUGUUUAUCUUGUGAUUGCAGCGACCAGCCCAACCAAAAAAUAACUAAGCAGCGUAAAUAGUUCGAUAAUUAAAACAAUUCGGAAUCACCUGUAAGCUGUUAACUUUCCGCAAUGUCGAGUCGCAGUCGUGCAAUACUUAAUGUAAACCUCGAUGCGGCCAUGGCUAACGAUCCGUUGCGGGAGCUCUUCGAAGCAUGCAAAACUGGGGAUAUCACAAAAGUUAAGAAACUAAUUACCACACAAACAGUGAACGCGCGGGAUACUGCUGGACGCAAAUCGACUCCUCUACAUUUUGCAGCAGGUUAUGGCCGACGCGAGGUAGUUGAAUUUCUUCUCAACAGUGGCGCUUCCAUACAGGCCUGCGAUGAAGGCGGUCUGCAUCCAUUGCAUAAUGCCUGCUCAUUCGGACAUGCCGAGGUGGUGCGAUUACUCUUAAAGGCCGGCGCAAGCCCCAACACAACCGACAAUUGGAAUUACACACCGCUACACGAGGCGGCUAGCAAAGGUAAAGUGGACGUUUGCAUCGCGUUGCUGCAGCAUGGUGCCAAUCCGAAUAUACGUAAUUCGGAGCAGAAGACGCCACUGGAAUUGGCCGAUGACAACACGCGACCCGUACUAACCGGCGAAUACCGUAAGGAUGAGUUGUUGGAGGCGGCACGUUCCGGCGCUGAGGAUCGCCUAUUGGCACUGCUCACGCCACUUAAUGUGAAUUGUCAUGCCAGCGAUGGUAGACGUUCGACGCCGCUGCACUUGGCAGCCGGUUACAAUCGCAUUGGUAUUGUGGAAAUAUUGUUGGCGAACGGCGCCGAUGUGCAUGCCAAGGACAAGGGCGGUUUGGUGCCAUUGCAUAAUGCCUGCUCGUACGGACACUUCGAGGUGACAAAGCUGCUGAUCAAGGCAGGCGCUAAUGUUAAUGCCAAUGAUUUGUGGGCGUUUACUCCACUGCACGAGGCGGCGUCCAAGAGCCGCAUCGAGGUGUGCAGCCUGUUGCUGAGCAAAGGUGCCGAUCCGACACUGCUCAACUGCCAUAAUAAGUCGGCAAUCGACUCGGCACCGACAAGGGAGCUGCGUGAACGCAUCACAUAUGAAUUCAAAGGUCACUGCGUGCUGGAUGCAUGCAAAAAGGGCGAUUUGGCACGUCUAAAGAAAUUCCUCUCUUCCGAAAGUGUUAAUUAUAUACAUCCAUAUACAGGCGAUACGCCACUACAUGCUGCCGCCAUUUCCAUUGAUCCGAAACGCAAACAGAUCGUUGAAAUUCUAAUACGCAAAGGUGCAUUGCUAAAUGAGAAGAAUAAGGCCUUCCUUACACCACUACACCUCACAGCCGAGCAUUUGCACUACGAUGUGAUGGACACACUGUUAAAGAAUGGCGCUAAGGUAAAUGCAUUAGACGGUCUGGGCCAAACUGCGUUGCACAAGUGCGCCAGAGAUGAACAAGCCGUGCGUCUACUGCUCUCCUAUUCCAUUGAUACAACCAUAAUUUCGCUAGAGGGUUACACAGCUGCACAAUUGGCCUCUGAUGCGGUGCUGAAGAUAUUCAAAGAUCCGCCAGACACGGAAACACAUCUAUUGGAAGCUGCCAAGGCAGGCGAUCUGGACACGGUACGUCGCAUAGUGCUCGCCACACCGCACACGGUGAAUUGCCGCGAUCUCGAUGGACGGCACUCCACACCGCUGCACUUUGCUGCCGGCUUCAAUCGUGUGCCAGUGGUUGAGUUCUUAUUGGAGCACGGCGCAGAAGUGCAUGCCGCCGACAAAGGUGGCUUAGUGCCACUACACAACGCUUGUUCGUACGGUCACUACGAAGUCACGGAGCUGCUGGUGAAGCAUGGCGCCAAUGUCAACGUGUCGGAUUUGUGGAAAUUCACACCACUGCAUGAAGCCGCCGCCAAGGGUAAAUAUGAUAUUGUCAAGUUAUUGUUGAAACAUGGCGCGGAUCCGUCGAAGAAAAAUCGCGAUGGUGCCACGCCCGCUGAUUUAGUCAAGGAAUCGGAUCACGAUGUGGCGGAACUGUUGCGCGGCAACUCGGCGCUACUGGACGCAGCCAAGAAAGGAAACUUGGCGCGUGUACAACGCUUGGUCACACCGGAGACGAUCAAUUGUCGUGACGCACAAGGCCGCAAUUCAACACCGUUACACCUAGCUGCCGGCUAUAAUAACUACGAAGUCGCAGAGUAUCUGCUGGAAAAUGGCGCUGAUGUAAAUGCACAAGACAAAGGUGGUUUAAUACCCCUGCAUAAUGCUUCAUCUUAUGGACAUUUGGAUAUUGCAGCGCUUUUAAUUAAACACAAGACUGUGGUGAAUGCAACCGACAAGUGGGGUUUUACACCCUUACAUGAAGCAGCGCAAAAGGGACGCACACAAUUAUGCGCCCUACUGCUGGCACAUGGCGCCGAUCCAUAUAUGAAAAAUCAAGAAGGUCAAACACCAAUCGAACUUGCUACUGCCGACGAUGUGAAAUGUUUAUUACAGGACGCGAUGACAACGUCAUUAGGCGACUCGACAUUGAGCUCCUCACAGCAAUCGCUACUCAGUAAUUCUCCAUCACCAGCGCCAACAGCUGCUGGUGCAGCAGCAGGCACAGCCGCAGCUGGCGCUGGCAGCUUGACUGCUGCAGCGGCCGCCUGCAAUGUGCUUUCACCAACCACUGAGACCGUAACACUGCCUUCUGGUGCCUCGAUGACACUUAGCGUGCCAGUGCCGUUGCCACUGUCAACGCGCAUUAGUCCCGCACAGGGUGCUGAAGCGAACUCUGGCGAUUUGACCAGUUGCGAAGAGGUGCCCGAUCCGGAGUCCAUCACCAAUGUGGCCAGUUUCUUAUGCAGCCAACAGCUGGAGCACCUAAUAGAUCUCUUUGAGCGUGAACAAAUCACGCUGGAAAUACUAGCCGAAAUGAGUCAUGAGGAUUUGAAGCAAGUGGGCGUGUCUGCGUAUGGAUUUAGACAUAAAAUAUUGAAAGGUAUUGCGCAGCUGCGCGCCACUACAGGCAUUGGUAGCAAUGUCAAUCCUGGCACUCUUUUAGUGGAUCUCUUGCCCGACGAUAAGGAGUUUCUCGCGGUUGAAGAGGAAAUGCAGGCUACUAUACGCGAACAUAGAGACAACGGCCAAGCGGGCGGUUACUUCACGCGCUACAAUAUUAUACGCGUUCAAAAAGUACAGAACCGCAAACUUUGGGAGCGUUACGCACAUCGACGUCAUGAAGUCGCUGAAGAAAACUCCAUACAGGCCAAUGAACGUAUGCUCUUCCAUGGUAGCCCCUUCAUCAAUGCAAUCGUGCAGAAGGGCUUCGAUGAACGUCACGCAUAUAUUGGUGGCAUGUUUGGAGCGGGUAUUUAUUUUGCAGAGCACAGCUCAAAGAGUAAUCAAUAUGUGUAUGGCAUUGGCGGCGGCAUUGGUUGUCCCUCGCACAAAGAUAAGUCCUGCUAUGUUUGUCCAAGGCAACUACUCCUAUGUCGCGUCGCAUUGGGAAAAUCGUUCUUGCAGUAUAGCGCGAUGAAAAUGGCACAUGCGCCGCCUGGACAUCACUCAGUUAUUGGUCGACCAUCGGCGGGUGGUUUGCAUUUCGCUGAAUAUGUGGUCUACAGAGGCGAGCAGGCCUAUCCGGAGUACUUGAUAACGUAUCAGAUCGUCAAGCCCGAUGAUAACAGUAGCGGCAACGAGGAAUCGAGAUGAUGGCCAUCAGUUGGUUCCACUCCCACCACAACAUCACCUGCUCAACAGCAACACCAAAAUCCACAGCUGCAACAGCAACAACAGCAACAGCAGCAGCAGCAAUUGCAACAACAGCUGACGCAACAACAACCGCAGCAACAACAGCUGACGCACCAACAACCUCAGCAACAACAACAACUACCGCAACCAAAACACCACAAUGCGAUAAUCGCAACAACACAUCACACACAUCCACAACCGAAAUUGAAACAGCAGCAUUCACUGCCACUGCAACUGCAGUACCAUCAUCAUGCACUUAACCAGCAACAACAGCAGGUCACCACUACACAGCCUUCACCGGCUGGCACAUUUAUCAGUCAAGCAGCCGGACUUAUAACCACCGUCGCCAAUGGCGGCGCCGAUAUCUUAGGGCAUAAUGGCGAUAUGUCGCCGCUUUCUUCCAGCAAUUCCUUUUCAUCGGUAGACACCAAUCAAACCCUACUUAACUCAAUUGCCAAUCAAACGCAACUGCAGUUUCAGUAUCAACAACAGCAACACCAAAAGCACCAUCAACAACAUCAAAAGUCGUCAUACAUGCUGCCACAACUGCCGCCACCAUUACCGCCACCGAACAGCAAUGGUGGUAGCCAUAUCAAUCGGCAUACUGCAAGCAAUCGCUCUUAUCGCACCAAAUAUGGUCAAUUCAUGAUCAUAACACCGGCAGUCUCCAUUGAUCGAGACUACGAGCAUGAUGAAGCAUUCGGUAGUGGCGGUUCCGCGGCUGCCGCAUUAACCAAUAAUUUCGAUUUCGAUGAGGAAGCUUAUUGCAAUGACAACAACACCAAUGCCAAUGGCAACAAUACCAACAGCAACAAUGGCAAUAUCUUCCGCAUGUCGCUACUGCAGCACAGCAGCAGCAUCGACAGCGGCAACAGCAGUGACAGUUCAUUCCGCUCCAACUAUAAUCCCUAUUUGCAUCACAGUCGUCAGCAUUUGCUGCCCAAAACAGCGCCACACUUCUACACAUUCUCCUCAUGGCGUUGGUGCACGCUCAUUUGUGCGGCGAUGCGUUGCUUUGGCGGCGGCCACAGCUCGAAUGCACCGUACAGCAGCAGUUUUGCGCGCCCACCUUAUCAACGUUCGCGCAGUUCUGGCGCACAAACGAGCCGUUCCUCGCAGCCGCAUCGACGCUUGCGCUCCUCCUCGUUCACUGCCGAAACGGCAUUCGAGCAUUUUUCGGCACCAUUUAAGGCGCGCAAAACGCGCGAUCAUCUCAACAACAUCACAUACGAAUUGUGACGGUGGCGGCGGCAGUAUGCACGACAACAACAAUGUCAAUUCGAAAUGACGCCAAUGCACGCGUGCGUGUUGGCGUUAUCGGUGGUGAUGGUGGUAAUUGCAAUCGCAUUACGAAUUCGAACGAUUCGAACGACUGCAUUGCAGCAAACGUUUAGCGCAUUUUUUGAUCUCCUCUUCGUAUUUAGAUUCGAUUUGCUGUUCGGCGUAAAGUCAAAGCCAUAUGAUAACAGCAAUACGCUUAACGUCGCGUACACAGUGUCGUCGUAUUCCAAUUUAAAAGUUUAUUAUUAUUAUAAUUACGAUUAUGAUUACUUAUUAUGAGAUAAAGAAAACUAUUACUCGUAUUACACUCUUACAUUUACUCCAUAUUUCUUGAACUUUUAACUUAUAGUCGUCGUCGUCGUGUUUAAGCAGAAGUUUAACAAAAACUAAAACAAAAAAAAAAAAAACAAGAAAUUAUACAAACAUCUAUAUAUAUACAUAUUAUAUAUUAGCGUGUAAGCUUUAGGUAGCAACGUUUCGGCAAUAUAGGAAAGCAUGAAGAAAACGAUUGAAAAAAAUUAAAAUUAAAUAAAGUAAAUAUUAAAAAAAAAAUGAAACCAUAACGGCGCAGCAAUGAAAUCAAAAGCAGCAAAGAAAAUUCGUAACGUUUCUCUAAAUAAGCUGGCAAAAUAAAUAUUUUUUUUUAAGUGCACACAUACACACGUUAAGAUGAGCGCGGGCCAAAUAUUCAGUUCCAAGCCAUUGGAGUAAUGCACACAACACAUUCGAUCUCGACCAUUCCGCGUAGGCUAAUAAAGUGUUCACGGGUGUUUUGCUUAUAUUUUUAAAUACAGUGGAACUUCUCUAACUCGAUUCACCAUAAUCCACAAAAAAACUUCGAGUUAGAGAGACUUUGAGUUAUAGAAUUUUCAUUUAAACAUACAAUUUCGCAAAAAGCUGUAAAAUAUAGAUUUUUACACAAUUUUAUUUAUUUACUUCGUAUAAAGUUUUAUGUACAUACGUUAAGACAUGUAUUCCGUAAUUCCUGGUCUGAAAAUUCAAAUAAUGGAAGGAAAUUUGUAUGAAUUUUGACGUCUAUUGUCAAUUAAAGAGUUCGAGUUAUAGAGAAAUUCGUUAGGUUAGGGAAGUUUGAGUUAUGGAACGAAAUUUGUUUGUUGCCGUUUGCUAUUGUUCGGCUCUUGACGUCUGUAUCCCAUUCCUUUGUUACAUGAUUUAUGCAAUCCAUAAGUGUGAUAUUAUAGUUUUUGUUGACAUCCAUACGAUAUUGAGGGACUCUUUUAAAAUUCUGCCUCUAUAGUAAAAUUUUAAAUUUGUAUUAUCCCCUGGUCUGAAAAUUCAAAAAAUGGAAGGAAAUUUGUAUGAAUUUUGACGUCUAUUGUCAAUUAAUGAGUUCGAGUUAUAGAGAAACUCGUUAGGUUAGGGAAGUUUGAGUUAUGGAACGAAAUUAGUAUGAAAUUUGAUUUCUAAGCGCUAUUACCAAUUCUAAUUUCGAGUUAUGGAGAUCUUCGAGUUUUAGAAGUUCGAGUUAUGGAAGUUCCACUGUAUUUUAAUGUGUUGCUGAAAAUGAAAAUCAAAAAGCUAUAAUCUCUAGCGUAAUUUAAUUUUAAUUUAUUUUAAUAAAUUCUUAUCAAAGAAUAUUUUUCGAAGUUCAUCGAAAAAAAUCUGUUUUUCGUUCUUCGAAAAUUUUAUCAAUUGCAUAGUGAGUUUAGGAAAAAACAUCUUCAAAUUUUUGUAAAAACCUAGAGUCUUUUUGAGUUUAGUACCGUUAAUUCUGUAGUUCCGGAUAGCCCACGUCCAUCUCUUUUAUGUAUGCAUAUUCAGUGAAAUUCAGAUAUUUUUGCGGCACGAAAAAUACACUGCAAUUUUGAAUAAUAUUUUAAAAUUUAGCAAAGAUAUUCUAAAACGACAAAAAAGACAUCAACAAUUACCAAAACCCACAAAAAAAGAAAUUAAAUUAAAAUUGAUUACUUUACUAUGGAAAUAAUUGAAACCGUGUACGAUACUUUCAAUGCAUGCAACUAACUACUAAACAGCUGUAAUUAGAGGUGUCAUAAAAUUUAACUCAAGAUUAAACAAUAAGAUCAUUAUUCUCACGAAUGU